AUGAAAGAAAGAACGGAAAAGAAAAGACAAGGGGUCUUUCACAAUGAAAGAGCGAAAUUAAGCCUUUUGCAGGAUUGGAAUGAUGCCGUGCACACCUUUGGACAGACCGUGGAGCGGAAGAAGGCCAAAGAGAGUGCCAAAGACAAGGACCCUAAGGAGGCUGGGGUUGAUGAAAAGAUCGCCGAGCUGAACAAAUGUAAGAUUCAGAUUGGCGAGCGAUCGGAAGCAGAAUGUGCCCCACCUGAAGUGCAGUUGGACUUCGACUCCUGGAAGCAUGAGGUCGAUUCUGCUGACUUGAAGAAUAUGAAAGCAGGACACGUACUGCCUGUGAACAAGGCAGCACAGCAGUAUUUCAACAAGAAGACGCAAAAGAGCCUGAUCGAGCUUGUGGAAGAUCCUUCAUCGCUGAAGAAAUCGGUGAAUAUGCGGCGCAUGGAAAUGGAGGAGGUCGCAAGCUAUUGUGCUGCCAGCAGCCUCAACGGGAUUCCAGAGAAUGACACCAUCAAGGCCAAAGCUCAGGCUGAGAGAGGUUCCAAAGAGAAGAAGAAGCCCAGAGUUGAGAUGAUCUAG